AUGAACGACUUGGUUGAGAGAUUGGACGGACUUAUAGAGUUCAUCAAUGAGGGAGAAGGGGAUGAUCGCUCUUUGUCAAGCCGACUUUCUAGGUCCACGAUCUCAAGCUUGAAGAAAGAUGGUGCCGAAUGGCACGAUUUGGAAAGAGAGCUGGUCAACUCCGGAAUCUCGCCUCAAAUCCUCGGCGAGCAGCAUCACUUCAUUGCUCACUGGCUUGAAAAUGCGUCCUUAUCGGGAAGAUUGACCCUUCCAGAUGAAGUGCAAGACUUGCCUCUUCGCGCGGACAAUGUCUCUAUUUACACGUAUAGUGCAGACUUGCAGCAAGUCAACGAGGGCUCUCCACACUGCAUACCCCCAGCAGCAUUUGUUCCUAGUGUGGGCCAGGUUCAUGAUAGCCCAAAUACGAAUGGCUCGACCAGAAAAAGCACAAAGCAAAAGAAUUGGCGCUAUUCCCUAGUGCACAAACUCCGAUAUGGCUCUGCGGAUCCAUUUAUUGCUUUACAUAAAGCCGUAUCUCGAGAUGACUAUUCGGCAGUGGCUAAAUUGGUACAAGAGACCACAGUAUCAGAUCAAAUUCAGAGUAAAGGCUCUAGUCUCAUCAGCUGUGCUGUUGAAAAAGGCGAUUCAGAAAUGCUCAGCAUAUUAGUAGAGCAUACCUCCUCUGUUGACUGGUCCAAAAUGCUUGGGGAACAACUACGCCUAACGCUUCAAACUGGGUCUGGACUAGACCUGCUUGACACCUUUAUCAGAAAUGGUGCAUCUUUCGGAUCCCUUGAGCUUGCAACAAUUAUGAGUUGGGCUUCGGAGUCCACCGCUUUUCAAAUGACGCAACUGGGAAAUAACUCUAUCGAAUAUGAAGGGUGGGCUCAAACAUUUCUCUAUAUUGCUGCGAAGCUGGGGUACAUUGAUCAAUUUGAAACUUUCGUGAACCAAUACGGUGGAAUAAACUCUCUUGUGGAAGGCACAACUCCAUUUCAUAUCGCUUGCAGCUCGGGAAAUAUCGAUGUUGUUCAGAGUGCGUUUGAGAUGGGUGGAAACUUUAUGACAUUGGAUGCUCAGGGCGAAACACCAUUGCAUGCUGUGGUAUGGGGCGAGGUUCAUGACAAUUGGAACAUUCGUGCAGUUCUGAGAUAUCUCAUCGGAAAAGGAGCGUCUCUCCUAACAACAACAACAUCCGGAAAGUCACUGCUCCACCUAGCAGCGGAAGUGUCAAAUCUCCAUGCAAUAGAGUCGCUUGUUGGCAUUGAGAUGCAUUGCAAUAUUCUUGACAAUUUUGGAAACACGCCAUUACAUGCUGCUUCCUACACCAAAGAUCUGAAGGGCCCAUUGGGACACGAACAUCGUCUCGAUCCUAUGCCAUUUUAUCACCCGACACUUCGGCAUCGAGUAACCCAGCUUAACUUGAGUGGCUUGGCGAAGAUGUCGAGGGUUUCUCUGAAAGGUUAUUGUACAGAGAUUGAUGGUCUCAAAUUCUUUAAUCGUCAACCCAAACCGGAUGAACGGGGCAGCCAUGAAGCAGUGCGAUUGUUAUUGCAAUAUGGAGCUGCAGUAAAUGCGAAGAAUAACGAUGGUGUGACACCAUUACACCUAGCGUCUAGAAGUAGGAAUUUGCCUCGAAUGGCGGCGCUUUUGAGCAAAGGAGCAGAUCCUAAUAUCAAAGACAAUGCAGGGUGGACCGCUAUCCGAUAUGCCAUCAGCGCUAAUUCGGGUCCUGCGGUGAAGCUCUGUCUAGAACAUGGUGCGGACACAAGCGAAAGUGUACCGGUUUCCUUGGGCCAAAACGUUGAGGAAGAAUUGUCAAUUCUGGAACACAUCAAGUUCAUGCGUGCUACUGAACUGUUGUACAUUUUGCGGAAACACGAAAAUCCCGACUGUCCGGAUGAAACCAUUGAAGGACUUGAGAUUUUGAAACAUUCAAGCGAAUAUAAGUGGUUACCUGGAAGAGAUAGGGAAAGGGAGGAAGAGGAGAGAAGACAUCGUCAUGGCUAA